AUGGCACCCAUGGCCUUCGUCUCGCAUGCCGGCCUACCCCUGCGCCGUCUGCGCGCGACCCGCUCCGUCACCCCCACCAUGUCUGCCACCCGCCCCCGCUCGCUCCCCGCCAUUCUUCUAGACCCGACCCCUGCCACGCCCAAGUUGCACCAAGUCUCGGCGCUGCUCUCAGCUGAAGCGAAACGCGCCGCCAGCUACGCCGCGGCCGCCGCCGUUCUGGCCUCCGUGGCCGCUUCUUCCGCCGUCCCGGCGAACGCCGCAGCAGAUCCGGUCCAGAUGACCGGCGCCCGCCAGGAGACCUCCGCCUCCAUGUCCCGCUCGCUUGGGGGCGACUCUGCCACCCCGGCCCCGGCCUCCAACGGCGUCCAAGACUGGAGGUACUCCGAGUUCAUCAACGCCGUCGAGAAGGAUCAGGUCGAGAAGGUCACGUUUUCCGCCGAUGGCCAACGUCUUCUUGCCGUCGAUACCGAAGGCAACCGCUUCAAGCUCGACGCUUUGCCGAACGACCCGGACCUGCUUAAGACCCUCACCGGCCACAAGGUUGACGUCACCGUCUUGCCGUCGCAGCCGGAAUCUGGCGCGGGCGACUUCAUCCGCUCCUUGAUUUUCCCUGCUCUGCUGUUCGGAGGUCUGUUCCUCCUGUCGCGCCGUGCCGGUGGUGGCAGUGGCGGUGGAUUCGGCGGCAUGGGCGGGCCCAUGGAUCUGCAGCGCUCCGGCGCCCGUGUCGCCAUGGUCCCGGAGACUGGUAUCACCUUUCAGGACGUCGCUGGCGUCGACGGCGCCAAGCUCGAGCUCCAGGAGGUCGUCCAGUUCCUCAAGGAAUCGGAGCGCUUCACUGAGCUUGGCGCUAGGAUCCCGCGCGGUGUCAUCCUCGAGGGACCCCCCGGAACUGGUAAGACCCUACUCGCUCGCGCUGUCGCCGGCGAGGCUGGUGUCCCGUUCUUCUCCAUCUCCGGGUCUGAGUUUGUGGAGAUGUUCGUCGGUGUUGGUGCGUCUCGCGUGCGUGACCUGUUUGCGAACGCCAAAAAGAACGCCCCAUGCAUCAUUUUCAUUGAUGAGAUUGAUGCCGUCGGCAGACAGAGGGGUGCCGGAAUUGCUGGUGGUAACGAUGAGCGUGAGCAGACGCUCAACCAAAUGCUCACGGAGAUGGAUGGCUUUGAGGGUAACUCUGGUGUCAUCGUCAUCGCUGCCACGAACAGAGCUGAUGUGCUUGACCAGGCGUUGCUGAGACCGGGUCGCUUUGACCGCCGCAUUAUUGUCGACCUCCCUGACUUCAGCGGUCGUCUCGCCAUCCUCAAGGUUCACGCGCGCGGUAAACCGCUAGCAAAGGACGUUGAUCUCGAGCAAAUUUCCCGUCGUACCCCAGGCUUCUCGGGUGCGUCUCUGCAGAACCUCUUGAAUGAGGCCGCCAUCUUCACUGCCCGACGAAAGAAGACUGAAAUUGGCCCGGAUGAGGUCAGUGACGCCAUCGAUCGUAUCACUGUUGGUGCCGAGAAGAAGGAUGCUGUCAUGACUCCUAGGCGCCAAAAGCUCGUUGCCUACCAUGAAGCUGGACACGCCGUUGUCGGAGCUUUGACUCCAGAUUAUGACCAAGUGGCGAAGAUCAGUAUUAUUCCGCGGGGUGGCGCUGGUGGACUUACCUUCUUCGCACCCAACGAGCAGCGCGUUGACUCUGGCCUUUACUCUCGUCAGUUCCUGGAGGGUCAGCUAGCUGUCGCCCUCGGAGGACGCAUUGCAGAGGAAAUUAUUUACGGAGAUGAUGAGGUGACUACAGGUGCUUCCAACGAUUUGCAAAGAGUCACUCAGGUCGCCAAGCAAAUGGUCACCAGGUUCGGAAUGUCUGAGAAGGUCGGCCAACUCGUCGUCAGCUCCGAGGGAUCUAACCCUUUCUUGGGACGUCAAAUGGCAUCAGGAUCUCCCCAACUGAGCUCCGUGAUGAGGACAGACAUUGACGACGAAGUUAGACGCCUUGUGAACGUGGCCUACACACGUGCGAAGAGCCUGCUCACGAACAAUCGCCCGCUCCUUGAUGCCCUGGCAGAAAUGUUGAUCGAGAAGGAGACCGUAUCUGCUGAGGAGUUCCAGCGCCUUAUCGCAGAAAACAAGAUUGAGAUGAUGCCCUACUCCGUCUACUAG